UUGCCCCCCCAUCAUCCCUCGCUGUAUGUGGGGUGCCGAGCCGUACCGAGGGACCCCCACCAACCUGUCCCUCCCUCUGUCCUUCCUGUACGUCCACCACACCUACACCCCGAGCAAGCCCUGUCUCACCUUCCAGCAGUGCUCGGCAGACAUGCGCUCCAUGCAGCGCUUCCACCAGGACGACAGAGGCUGGGACGACAUCGGAUACAGCUUCGUCGCCGGCUCCGACGGGUCCGUCUACGAGGGCCGAGGCUGGCGUUGGCAGGGCGCCCACACCCUGGGACACAACGCCAUCGGCUACGGGGUUUCCUUCAUCGGAGACUACGCCUCCAGUCUGCCUUCCCAGCAUGCCAUGGGGCUGGUGAGAGACCGGCUGGCGGCCUGCGCUGUCGGGGGCGGGCGGCUGGUGGCCAACUUCACCCUGCAGGGCCACCGACAGGUGGUGAACACUUCCUGUCCCGGGGACGCGCUCUACAACGAGAUCAGGGGCUGGGGACACUACGGGGAGACAAAGAAAUGAAAACGGUGUGCUCGACAAGAGGAAGAGCCGAGAGAAUAAACCGGAAUAAUAAAUAAAAACCAAUAAAUAUUAGUCUCA